AUGGUGACGUUGAAGCUGACGUCAUCGGCGUUCGACUACCAAGACGGCGAGUACCUCGUGAACAAGGACCUCCCGACGCCGCAGCGCGGCACGCAUCGCCAUCUCAAGGAGCUGCCGUCCGCGUUACAGUACAUGGGUUACAUCUUCUGCGGCGGGUUACAUCUCACGGGCCCGUUCUUCGAGCUCAGACCGUACCUCGACUGGGCCAAAAACCGAGGGGUGUGGUCGCACGAUGCUCGCAAGGCACCCUUCGCGAUCCCGUUGCUCGUCGCACUCGCAUGGGCGACAGCGGCCGGCUUUAUUCACCUCGUCCUGAAGCCGCAGCUCAACUUACCUCUGGUCACCGACCCGAAGCGCUUCUACGCGAUUCCGUACCUCCACCGUUGGGGCCACGUCAUCAUCUCAACGUACGCCGUCCGAUGCAAGAUCUACUAUGUUUGGACGGUUGCCGAGGCGAGCAUGAUCGCGUCGGGAUUAGGGUUCAGCGGGUGGGUUCCCGCCAAAAGCGCAGGCGCUUCGACGCAAGAACCGGUUAGAAGUAAGAGCAGCGAGACUUCCGCCGUAGAUUCCGCCGUGAUUACCGCGACUGGCCGGCAACAAGGAAAAUCGAUUUUGAGGAAGACUGUGGUUCCUAAAAAGGCCCCUCAGGGGGUGUUGGGUGAUAGUGCGGCGGGGAAUGCGGCGAAAAUCGUGAAGCUCGCUGCGAAGAGCCCUUUGCGAAAGAAUGGAGUGGUAACCAGUGCAAACGACGAAAAUGAAGCUCCUGAAAUCGGCUCGAAAAAAGUUUUCUCCAGCAAAGAUCUCGUUGUCCCCGCUACAAACGGCUUCCUUACCGCGUGCGAGGAGACCAAGGAUGACAUCGCUCUCGCGAAGAUGAACGGGGUGGUAACGGAGCAGGCGAAGGUCGCAGACGUCGCAGAGCCGCGGUUGGUGGCGUCGUGGGAGCGUGCGAAGAACAUCAACAUCGCGGGGGUGGAGCUGGCGAAGGCUUUUAACGCGUACGCCAAGAACUGGAACGUCUCCGUGGGGCUGUGGCUGCGAACAUACAUCUACGAGCGCACGAUCCCAGCGGGGCAGAAGCCGGGCGUGCUGUCGCUACUGCUCACCGUCGGCGUCAGCGCCAUCUGGCAUGGCAUCUACAUUGGUGACUUCAUGUUCGCGUUCAGCGGCGCGUUCCUCAUCAUGGGGUCGCGAGUGAUCUACCGCUAUCAGCGCACCAUUCCGGAGUCGCAGUGGCUGUGGGCGACCUUGGUGCAGGCGUUGCACUGCCUCUACUCGUUCGCCGGCCUCAACUAUAUUGCCAUGGGCUUCAUUGUUUUGACAGCAGAGGACACCAUCACAGUGUACCGAGGAUUGAACUUUGUGGGCAAUCUGCUGCCUGUGCUGGUGCUGGGCGGCAACUGGGCACUGCGGAGACUGCACGCGCUGCUCUCGCCGCCCGCCGUCGCUGGUGUUAGCAGCGGUGCUGUGAGCAGCAAAAGAAUCGCAGCUGAAUUGGAGGCGAAGCAGCCGGAGCAGCAGCAGGUGGUGCAGCCUGUGUUGGUGCAUACCAAGGUGGAAUGA